AUGCCGUAUACAGAGGUCGGGGAGGUCUGGGUGGUCGGCAGCGGGGACUGCGGCCAGCUUGGGCUAGGAGAAGAUAUUCUAGAGAAGGAACGACCCUCGAGACUGGCGUAUUUCAACGAUAAAAACAUCGUGCACGUGGUCUCCGGCGGCCUGCACAACAUCGCCAUCUCCCAAGACGGAAAGCUGUACAGCUGGGGCUGCAAUGAUCAGAUGGCACUUGGUCGCGGAGGGCAGGAGAUGGAGCCCGGACCCGUAGAGGGCUUGGAGGAUAAGGUGAUUGUGCAGGUAGCCUGCGGGGAUUCGAUAAGCGUAGCUUUGACCAACCAUGGCGACGUUUACUGUUGGGGUACAUUCCGGGGGGCCACGGGAAUCUUUGGAUUCUAUCCUGGAAUUGAGAUCCAACCGCGACCAUUCAAGAUGAACACUCUUCGCAAGAUUGUGAGCAUUGGGGCGGGCAACAAUCAUGUUGCGUGUGUUGACAAUAAUGGUAUGAUGUAUUCAUGGGGAAACGGGGAGCAAGGACAGCUUGGUCAUAGAAUCAUGGAACGACACAGCCGUGGCUCUCAGCUGCUCCCGCGGGCAAUUUCGUUCUACCCCAGCGAACUCGCCGAAAGUGGUGCCCGGGCCUCCAAGAAGUUCGAACGCGUGUAUUGCGGAGGAUACUCCUCUUUUUUCGUCCACGAGACGAACGCGGUCUUUGGUUACGGACUGAACAAUUAUGGGCAACUCGGGAUUGGUGCUAGAACGGACCCGAUUGCGUUACCGCAACGAGUCCAAGGAUAUGAUGAAGCGAGUGGGUUGAGGAUGAUGGCGGUCGGAGAACACCAUUCGCUUCUUCUCGAUGGUACUGGCACAGUCUACGCCUUCGGCCGCGGCGACUCCGGCCAACUUGGUCUUGGCGACGUCGGGGAAACCCCGUACAACUCCCCCACGCCCAUCACCUCUCUCCAACCCACAAACAUCAUCGAAAUCUCCUCAAACUCGUCCUUCAACCUCGCUAUCUCAGACACCGUCGCGAUGGACUCGGACAAUCCCACUGAAGCCAGAUCCAACCUCUAUUCCUGGGGCUACGGCGACAUGGGUCAGCUCUGCAAUGAAGGCGGUGGUGAUGAGAACACCCCGUUUCUGGUUGGCUUGAAAGGCCGACGGGUCAUCAAGGCCUCCGCUGGCGGUCAACAUUCGGUGUUUUUGAUCGCGCCUAGGCAGGAGAAUGCGUGA